AUGGCGGCGGGGAGGAAGGUCCUGAUCCUGGACUCCGUGAAUCCGUGUGUCAAAGGCACCAGGCUCCCCACGCUGGCGCCCCUGCUGGAGAGGGCCUCGGAAAUCCAGCACCAGCUGGCGCAGGUGGCUGCUGUCUGCGCUUACCCAGAGCUGCUGCAUGCCAACUCCGUCACGGGACGCCAAGCAAGGGUGGCCCACUACCUGGAGAGGAGAGACGGGGGCAUCCGCUGCCACCCCAGGAACACCAUCACGUGUGGGGGCAUCACCACGGCCAUAGUGGACCCCAGCAGGGCGGGCGUGCUGCUGCCGGUGCCCGGGCACCCUCUCUUUGCAGAUGCCGUAGUGCUGGCCGGUGCCGUCGCGGUGCAGUACCACCUGGAUGAGGAGGGCGGCUGGGCCCUGGACGCUGGGGAGAUCAGGCAGGUGCUUGGCCAAGCCAGGGGGUACUGCACCCCCAAAGUGCUCUGUGUCAUCAACCCCGGGGACCCAACAGGCCAUGUGCUGAGCAGGAGGCACAUCCAGGAUGUUCUUCAGCUGGCUGCCCAGGAGAGGCUGCUCCUGCUGGCGGAUGAGGUUCAUCAGGAGAGCAUGUUCACCCCAGACUCCCGCCUCCUCUCCUUUAAGCGGGUUCUGUGUGAGCUGGGCCCCAUGGUCUCCAGCGUGGUGCAGCUAAUCUCCUUCUACUCCAUCUCCAAGGGCUUCGCCCUAGAUGGGGUGGUGUCCGCUCCGGGGCUUCGGCGGCAUUUCAGCAGCGGGGGGUCCUUUGGUGCCGCGAAAGACCCGGAGAGGACCCCCUGCCGCCACAGUGCCACUGAAGCCCCAGACCGCUGCCAGCUCGCCACAGAGCCACUGUCCCCCUUCCUCAUGUGCCAGGUCACCUCCGGGGGCAGGGCCCCCUCUCGUGGGCAAAGGGGCAGUUUCCAGGCCGGCUUCUUUGAGCUUGUGAAUAUCAACCCAGCAAUCAUGAAAUGCUUCUGCUCCUGGGGAAUGUCCAUCUACCCCCUGAUCCUGGGCCAGUUCCUGCUGGAUGCCCUGAUGGAGCCGUCGCUGCCUGGGAGCCCUCCUGCCAGACCUUCAUGGCAGUGGGUGCUGUGUGCUGCCCGCGCUGUGGUUCUCUCUCUUGGCGGCUGCCAGGAGACGCAGGUGGUGCUGAGCGACCUGGCCCACAAAGCGCAGCUGACCCAGGAGAUCUUCAGCCAGGUGCCCGGGAUCCACUGUAACCCCGUGCAGGGCGCCAUGUACUCCUUCCCCAGGAUCCAGAUCCCAGCCAGGGCUGUGCAGGAGGCCCAGGCCCUCGGUCUGGAGCCUGAUUUCUUCUUCUGUCAGAAGCUUCUGGAGGCGACGGGGAUCGUACUGGCCCCAGGGAGCACCUUCGGGCAGUGCCUGGGCACCCACCACGUCAGGGUGACGCUACUGCCCCCAGUGAAGAUGCUGAGGAUUGUCUUACAAACCAUCACAGACUUUCACUUCGCGUUCCUGCAGCGAUAUUCCUGA